CCCGCGCCGGCGAGCCGCCCGCCGCCGCACCGGCAGCGUCGGCCGCCUCGCGGGCAGGAUUACAGAUCUACCUCCGGGGAGUGCGCUGUGAAGUUCGCGGGCCCCCGAGGCCGACCAGUGGGCCCCGGCGGCCACUCGCCCGGGACCGGACCCGUGCCAGUGAGUGAGAGUGCGCCGGCGGCGGGAUGGGAGCCCCGCCGUCGGCCUGAGCGUCGCGCGACGGCCCGCAUCGCCGCCCGCCAGCUGUAGAUGUGCAGCCUGGCAGCGCUGGCGCGCGGCUGCCGGCCCGCCGCCAAGCCGUGCUGCCUGUGCUGGUGCUGCUGCUGCUCCUGCUCCUGGGCUAAAUGGUUAGCGGCGCGCGGCGCAGAGGGGGGGCCGGGCAAGAAGCCGCGCACGGCCGGCCCGCACGAGCCGCUGCUGCUGGACGGCGACGCCCCGCCCAGCCUCGAGGAGGUGCAGAGCUGGGGGCAGUCCUUCGACCGCCUCAUGCGCAGCGCCGCGGGGCGCAAGGUGUUCCGGGACUUCCUGCGCGGCGAGUACUCGGAGGAGAACAUCAUGUUCUGGCUGGCGUGCGAGGAGCUCAAGCGCGAGACGGACCCCGACGCCGUGGAGGAGAAGGCGCGUUUCAUCUACGAGGACUACAUCUCCAUCCUGUCGCCCAAGGAGGUGUCGCUGGACUCGCGCGUGCGAGAGACCGUCAACCGCAACAUGGUGGAGCCCACGCCGCACACCUUCGACGAGGCGCAGCUGCAGAUCUACACGCUCAUGGGCCGCGACUCCUACCCGCGCUUCGUCAACUCGCCGCUCUACAAGACCCUGGCGCGCCUCUCCGCCGGCUCGCCCUCCGCCCCUGCGCCGCCCGCGCCCCCCGUCGUGACCCCCGCCGCCGACGGCAAGUGACGCCCCCCGUGUAAAUACAGACUCGUUCGGCGAACGUUAACUAUAACAAACGGGUACUAAUUUUGUAUAUAGCUAGGUUAAGUGUAACAGUAGGUGAGGCGCGCGCGGCCGCCGCUGCGGCAACUUCGCUGGUCCACCGCCGCCUGCGCCCCUCCCCCGGCCCCGCCCCUCUGUCCCCCGCCCGCCCAUGCACAACUCCCCCGACGCGCCUCCGCGUCUCGUCUCUAGUUAGAAGCAAUAAAGGUGGACCAAUUAAGUUUGCCCGAGAGUCAACGAAUAAAUUGUGAAUGUAAAUUUGUGUUAACUUCGUUAGGGUAUGUGACGCUCGCCGCUCGCGAGAGACGUUUCUCUGUGUAUCUCUAAGUCGAGACUCUCCUGCGUAAUGAAACUCUAAACUACUUACUUCAUAAGGAAAUAACUUGAAAUUAUUUUACGAAACAUUUGUUAUCGAUGACGAUGUAAACAACAUACUUUCUGAAACUCU